AUGUCUUCUAAUACUACAAGUACGGAUACCGGUGUGCCAUCAACGGCGGUGUCGAGGUCUGCUCCUGCUACGCAGGCACCCUCUUCGCGUCCGACGGCGAGAUCUUCUGCCUCUGUACCUGCACCGUCGAGUCCAAGUGCUAACAGCAGUCCACCUUCAGUCCCGACGACGGAGCCGUCACCCUCCACGUCGAUCACCCCCGAUGCAAGCACCACCCCAGCCGAGACUCCCACAACUCCUUCUCCUGUCACUUCUUCUCCUGAGCCUUCUGUACCUCCUCCCUCUACACAGAUACCCGUCACCACGCCCGCUGGCCCCAGCACCGUUCCCACACCAACCAGUCCGUCAGACACGGAAUCCACUCCAUCCGCAUCAAUCCCGGCGACCGCAUCAAACGUAUCGAGCGCAUUGACCACCGAUGCGCCCACGCCCUCUUCUUCCCUUCCGCCGAUUAUAUCCACCAUCACCUCAACAGACGCGGAAGGUAAGACGGUCACGAUCGUGACGACUUCGACUCAAAGCCCGGUCGCGAAUUCACCAUCGAUCACCGCCACGGAAUCCGCCGCUUCUUCGUCAGUGACUGCAGACCUGCAAGGCUCAGGCUCAGGGAGUUCCGGGGGUGGUGGGCUGAGCAACAGUGGGACCAUCGCAGUCGCGGUUGUUGUCCCGAUCGUUGCGGUGGCCCUCUUGGUAGUCGCGGGCCUGUUUCUCUGGCGGAAGCGGAAGGCACGCAAGGACGCAGAGGAACUGCGAAGGAAGGAGGUUGAGGAGUACGGAUACAACCCGAACAACGACCCCACCCUCCCUGCUCUGGGUGGAGCGGGAUCGGCUGGCCACGAUGGCUCGUACGAGAUGAAAGAGGAUGGCUCAUCCGGAUAUCGAGGCUGGGGCACUACAGCCGUGGGUUCUUCGGGGCGCAAGGCCUCGACGACAGUUUCCGGCGGUCACUCCGCUGGCGGCAUUGGUAUGGCAUACUCUGAAGGCAAUUAUUCACCAACACACGGCCCGAAUUCUGACACUCGAUCAGAUAAUGCACUAAUGGAUGGGCGGCCGCUGUCCACCGAUGCAGAGCCUCUUGGUGCGAUGGGGCCGGCUGCAUCAGGCAACCGAAACGGAGAAAUCAACCGUGGACCCUCGAACGCGUCGUCCUCCUACAGUACCGCGGCUCGAUCAGAUGGCUCCGCCGAAGGGGCCGGUGCAGGAUUCUACAGCAACCAAUACGAUACGGGGAACCCUUACAGCGCCGACACCCAGUACGGCAGCCCCCCAGCAGAGAUGGGUGGCCAACCCGUCAUCCGUGAUGUGCAGGCUCGACGCAAUACGAGGAUAGAAAACCCAUCCCACUUCCCCCAACAAAGCGCCGGCAUCUCGCAGAACUUCUAG